CUUUUCCCCUUCUUCCCCCAGCCCAGUAGCACUUGCGUGCCGACAAAAAGCAGGUUCCCCCGGGGGGGGGGGGUGGUCCUCUGGAGAGGCCCUGCCGCAGGCUGACUGCUCUUGCCUCGUUUCUCUCCCCCCCCUCCCCGGUCCUGCAGCCCCGACGCGCACGUAGGAGCCGGCCUGGUGGGUCUCUGGUGGGUAGCGGGUAGGGCCCCGGCCUCUGCCGCUCUCUGACUUCAGCAGUGUGGACUGGUGAGGUUGCUGCACCCCAGGAAAGGCACUUGCUAAGCUGGAAUGGCCAGUCACCAAGCAGAAGUUCAGAGUUUGAAGCUAGAUAAUGAUUCAGUUAUAGAAGGAAUAAGUGACCAGGUACUGGUGGCAGUUGUGCUCAGUUUCACUUUCAUUGCUGCUCUGGUAUAUACCCUUUUAAGAAAUGAACAUCAGAACAUACACCCAGAAAAUCAAGAGCUAGUGCGAGCUCUUCGUCAGCAGCUUCAAACAGAGCAGGAUGCGUCUGCUGGUGAUAGACAUCGUUUCUAUACCGAUAUGUCCUGUCCAGUCUGUUUGCAACAGGCUACGUUUCCUAUUGAAACAAACUGUGGACAUCUCUUCUGUGGUUCCUGUAUUAUUGCCUACUGGAGGUAUGGCUCAUGGCUUGGUGCCAUCCGUUGUCCAAUCUGCAGACAAACGGUAACGUUGUUCUUACCACUCUUUGGUGAAGAUCAGCAGGAUGCAACCCAAGUAUUUCAAGAUGUUAACGAUUACAAUCGGAGAUUCUCAGGACAGCCCAGAUCUAUUAUGGAAAGAAUUAUGGAUCUACCCACUUUAUUACGGCACGCUUUCAGGGAGAUGUUUUCUGUUGGGGGCCUCUUCUGGAUGUUUCGUAUCAGGAUAUUCCUCUGUUUGCUUGGAGCCUUGCUCUAUCUGGCUUCACCUCUGGAUUUUCUUCCUGAAGCCCUCUUUGGUAUUCUCGGGUUCUUGGAUGAUUUCUUUGUUAUUUUUCUUCUGCUGAUAUACAUCUCUAUCAUGUACCGAGAAGUGGUAACACAGCGGCUGAAUAGAUGAAAUGAAGGAAAAUGACCCAGAUGCAGAGGCUGGUGUGGGACAGCCACAACAAAAAAGAACCAUGACCUAAGUGUGAUAUAACAGGGUGCCUGCGUACAAUUUCAGUAUUUACAAUUCCGUAGCUUCUAGUUGAUAAUCUUACGCAAAUAUGAAGGGUUAAUAAGUGGUGAUGUUUAACUGGAACUUUAGUUUGUAUAUUACAUACAUUUCAGUAAUGAUGAAGUUAGUUUUAUAAUGUAAUAAACUACCUUCAUCUGCUUAUACCUGAUAAGCAGUUGUAUGUAAUCAAAGUAGAAAACGCCUCCUCUGGUGUAUGGUUUGUGGAAAAGAAGUUCUAGUAAAGGACUUCUUAAAAAAAAUCUGUUUGGCUAAUCGAGACAUAUUUAAAGAAAUUCAGGAACUCUUCACAGUACAGUUAUAAAAUCAUUUAAUAUCUCACUAUGGUGGGGCUAGAGGUUUUUAAAAAAAAAAAAAAGUUUUGUGUAUGUCUGUGGAAGAAAAAAACUGAAGACAGCAUAGCAGUUCUCACCCUGCAGUUUGCUGAUGUCCACAGUUCAUGCUUCACAGAAACAAAGAAAAACUCCUCGGUGUUGUUUGAACUGCACUGCUGUCACAUGCAAUUCAUACAAUUUUAUUUUUAUAUUUUGGAAUAUGCAUAUACCAUCUGAUCUAGACAGAGAAACAUCCAAUAUUAUGCACACGAGAUUGGUUAAUGCUCUAUUUUUAGAUGGGAGCAUAAUUUUUCUCUUAAGGCUUGUUUAUUUGGGGAGCAAAUAUUUUGAAAGUGGGGUAUUUCAUGCUGAUUUGUGUGCUGCUUUAGGUUAAUGCAGUAUAUCUAAAUUUAGAGUUUGCAGCCCUGUAGUUGCAUUGAAGUAUUUAGCUGGUAGAAAGAACCCUCAGAUUUUAGUUAGUGAUUAAAUAAAAGAGUCAGAACUGGAUAUUUACAAUUCAGAAUUUUACCUGCAUAUGAAUUCUGCAACACUAAUAUUAAACAAAUUAGGUACUAUUGUUUUGGUUUGGGGCUGGUGUUUUUUGGUUGAUUGUUUGGCUUGGUUGUAGGUGGAGGAGGGGAGGGUCUGAAUUAGCUUGAAAGUUCUGUGAUAAGGGACCACAAAGAAUCCUGGAAAUGUUUUCAAAACUGCCAGGGUAUUAGUUAUCCUUAACAUUGACUUGUUGUUGUUGUUGCGUUUGAAUAUAGGCUAUCAUUGCUGCAGAAUUCAUCUGAAAAUAUUUUUGUUAUUUGAAAUCAAUGCCACUAGAAAACUCUAGGGUAUUCUUGAUCUAUGUACUUUUUGUUAGAGGAAAGAUAGUGUUUGCCUUUUUACCUUAACUUCCUGAGUACUUGAAAGACAGGGACUAGAAAGGGGAUUCUUUGCAUGUUUACAUAAUAUAGGAAGUGACUUACAUUAAAAAAUUGACUUUUGACAGAUUCUGUUUCUCGCGCAGAGGUCUCUGCUCAUGCAAAGAUCUUUCCAUAUGCUUCUAGUACAGAGGUAUGUGCAGGAGGGUGAUAGAACCAAUCCCCUGCGCCAAGCACAGAACAGCACUUCAGGCACUGUUCUUCAGUGUCAGUACUUUGAAAGGGACAUUCAUUUAAAAGUGAAUGCAGUGAUUCUUCAUCUGAAAACUCGCUAUAGAAAAUCCAAAGCCAUGUUACAACUGAACUGGAAAGCUUACUUUUUCCUUGCUGCUGUAUUCAGUUAUUAGAGAUGGGCAAGAAGUGAAAAAGCAAGUGAGACAAGGAUGGGGGAAGAAUAGACAGAAAGUGACUUUUGUAAGCAAAUUCUACGGGUUUUGGCCAACUUUAGCUGUUCUUCGAUAUCCAUCUUGAGAUUUUCCUUUUAUUUUGGCAUCAUCAAUGGUGAUUUGGUGGCUACCUCAGUUAAAAGUCAUUAUGGUAUUAUUGGAUAAGUGUGGAAUAUUCAUGAACUGUUAAAUAUAUGUACAAAGCAAGAUAGUAGUAUAGGAUGUUGGUGAGAUAGGACUGUGCAGUUUUGCUGUAAGCGCUGUUUUCUUGCAAGAGAUUUGCCAAGUAUUUUUAAUCAAGUAAAUUUAACACUUGCUUUUCUCCUGGAGUUAAGCUUGUGGGUCUGCUUAGAGAACAGCAUGAGCUGUUGUUGGAGUCUGUUCAUAGAAUCUCUCCAUCUAAUAACUCCCUCAUAUGUUUAUCCUAUAAUUGUGUUUAUACUUUUUUCCAUGCCCCUUUAAAUCCUGAGUGGAUAUAGAUGUACCUGAAGCUGGCUGACAAGCUAUUACUGAUUUCCUGACUCAGCUCCCUAAUUUCACAUGCUGCUGUCAAGAGGUCCGUGCAGAAAUAUUCAUCUAAGGAAUUUCUGGAGAACAGACCCUCUUUUGUACCUAACUCACAAGCCACUUCUGAGUAGCUGUAUGAAGUGUUCCUAUAACCUGAUUCCUCAAUCACCUCUUCCUUUCUGCCAGCCGGAAAGGUUUCACUUGAGACCUCUGCUUAAUUUAGGAUAUUGAGGAGCAUUAUGGGCUUUAAUUCAACAUACUAAGUGCUUGACAGAAUUAGGACCAUCUCUCUUUCUCACCAAUAUAUGUUGAUUUGCAUAUGGAUACCUUUGUGGAAACUUUUUUUUUGUUGGUCAGCUGUAAUGUAAUGUAAAGUGAAGAGGGUCUUAUAUCGAAAGGAUAUGUCUGCCCUGCAAUAUCUGGCCACUGCUCCUUUAGGCAAAUCUGAACUAGCUGUGAACUAGCUGUAAACUAGCUGUCUUGGGUAACGCUAAUAGUACAGCUGGAGCUUUGCUUAAGCUGCAGGGCUGCCCAAGAAGCUGGGGGUGAAUACACGAGUAUUUAGUCUUCCUGAACUGUGUGCUCCCAAGUUAUCCUGAUAGCAGUGUUCGAGGUAAGUGUUAUAAACAGAGCUGAGAGCUAGCCUCAGAAUGUGAAAGCAAUACCUGAUGCUGUGCAUGCAGCACUGCAGACGUGGCUAGAUGCGUGGCAUGUCUCAUGGAAUGGGGCAGCUGUCUCCCUAAGGCAAAAAAUAAAUAAAAAGGAAGAGUCUAGCAGCAGAGAAGAGAUACAGGGCAAAAUAACAUUCUUAAAAGGUUCUCAUGGCUUUGCCUAAGACUGUGUCAAAUAUUUGAUUUUUUUCCAGCAGUAUUAGCAAAGAGGAAAGCUGAAGUUUUGUGUCAUAGCUCUUACAGAAUAACUUGUAGCAUCUUGAGGCCUGAUGAUGACCGUUAUCACAAGCGCCAUAUAGAACAAUCUGUUUCUGUGUUGUGUUGUUCUGUGACCCGCACCAUUGAUGUCUGAGAGGAUGAGGCAGAGUGGUGUAAUUUGGGGAUACGAUUUUCCAUGGGUUUCAUAGAACUGUUCAUAGCUGUGGCCUGCUUGUUACUCUAGAUUUUUAAGACAAAGGAUUAAUUCCUUUGAAAAUUAAAAUUAAUGAAUUAAUCCUUUAACACAAAAGGAUUCAAGCCUGCCUGUUAUU